AUAGGAAGCUUUGCCCGCAAGUCAUAUGACUUUAAUUUCCUGGUGCUUUUGCGGUAGAUGAGCUCGAGCUGCACAUUUGGAAGGUAGCCGAAGUCGAACGCUGUUGUUUCUGGGUGAAGUGUUUUGGCUACCAAGUUAUCAUGUUUUGGUGCGCGUUUGUGAUUUUGUUCCUGGCUCUUGGAAAUGAACUCCACCUGUCACAUUCGACUGAGGUGUCAGUCAACAACACAGAGAAUAAAUUAUGCCUCUACGCCAAUUUGAUGGUCAACUUCUCCGUCACCUAUGAAGUUGGUGUAAAUAAGAGUGAAACGGUUCUUUUUGUACUGCCUGAAAAUGUGACAACAGAAGGGAGCACCUGCAAUAACACAACAUCAACAUUGAAACUCGGUUUUGGAGACGGGCACAGCUGGGUGGUUGAAUUCACUAAGGACAACAAAACGUACCAAGUAGAUUCCAUUGUUUUCACCUACAACCUCAAUGACUCAAGCAUCUUCACCAACUCUACAUCAAACGAAACCAAGUCUGUGACAGCAAAGCCAAGGAUCACCAACGUGGGUGUGGAUACCUACUACUCCUGCAAGAGCGAAAAUGUCCAGAGAGUAGAGUCUGUCACUCAGACACUGUAUGAUGUUACUUUACAGGCGUUUGUGACAAACGGCAGCAAAAGUGACACCGACACUGUAUGCGCUGCUGACCUAACCUCCACCACUGUGGCGCCCACCACGACCGUUAUCACCACAGCUGCCCCAACUUCUACCCCUACACUGCCCACACCCACCACUGGAAAUUACAGCAUCGCACCCAACUUCAACAGUACAGCCUGCUUAAUGGCCACCUUCGGCCUGCGGAUCGGCUUCAAGCAAGGAGACAAAGUGGAGACCAUCAACCUGGUGCCCAGUGCGACUAACGUGAGCGGGGCUUGUGGGGUUAACAGCAGCAACCUCAUACUGACAUCGGACACAAUCACCAUCAUGUUCACUUUCAGCAACGACAGCAAGAAGUUCUACCUGCACGCUCUGAACGUCACAGUGAAACCAGCCACUGGGGCGGAUGUCUUUGCAGACAAUACCAACAUGUCCAUUUGGGCGGCGGCGGUAGGCAGCUCCUACAUGUGCAACAAGGAGCAGACAUUAACUGUCACCCAAACGCUCACUCUCUACACGUUCAAGCUUCGCGUCCAGCCCUUUGGGGUUGAAAAAGGGGAAUUUGCUACAGCCAUGGAGUGCUUCAUGGACUCUGAUUUGAGCUUUCUGGUGCCCAUCGCUGUGGGCGUGGCCCUCUGCUUCCUAAUCUUCCUUGUGCUUUUCUCUUACCUGAUUGGCCGGAGGAAGAGUCGCACCGGCUACCAGUCUGUAUAAUCCAACCAAUCCCAGCUGCUUCUGCCUCUACCCAUUCCUUCCCAUCCUCCCCCACCCAAGCCACCCACAACACGUUGGCUCCCCAUCCCCAAAGCUUCUAUGGCAUCCAAUUGGAAAUGGAAGGAAGAAAUGUAUCUUUCCUUAACGUUACCCCCAGCAAAUUCCCUGUUCAGACUCCUACCCUAAUUAUCACCCCACCCAACAGUAAUUUUGAAAGUUGACCGUUUUGCUAUUUUUUGACACCAACAAUGACUGAAAUCAUUUACCACCAAAACCUGUCAACAUAAUCAGUGGUAUUGCACCAGGUGUGUGUGGAUGUAAAUUGCAUGGAGUGAAGUAUCAUGGGUCCUCUUAAUAACAGGCCAUAUGUUUCUUUAUUCCCAGAGAGGCUCAUAUGAAUGAGGCUGUUUUUUCUCACUUCUGUUUUGUGUUGCAUUAUAUUUCUAUGUUUCUAAUUAAUUACUCUCUUGUAUAGAAUUAAUUGUUGAUUUUGGAUAAAUAGGGACUUGAAAUUGUGCAAAGAAUUUAUUGAAAGUUCAUAGAUAUGAAUAGCAAUGCCUCAAUUUGUAAGUAUCCAUUGUUAAAUAUUUGUAGAAUUAGAAAAUAUCCUAUUUUUUUGAAUUCCCUGUAAUUUAAAUGUUAUUAUACCCCCUGCACUAAUCUUCUCUUAGUGUCCCUUUAUUGUACUAGGACUAACUUUACAAAGACACGUACCAACCAGCAUUUGGAGCAGUUGCAUAAACAUGUGAUUUUGAUGUUCGAGAGAAAAUACAAUGUUAAGAAGUCCCCUCUCAGGGAAAGGAAGACAGCGGUCUGGUAUCACAAAUGGCUCUGUUAAGACAGAGGCUGUAGGGACUCUGCAAUAGACUAAACAAAAUUAUGUCGGUUUGCUGUCAGGAGUGUCCCUAUAUCCUUUUCCUCUAAAGGCAUUUACUACCUGGAUCAUGUUCAGUAGGUAGGGCGUUUUGAAACGGGGAGGUACUGCCUGAACAAUAACCUUUUUUCGUUGCAAACAGUUGCUACGGUGUGUCCUUCUGAACACUGCCCAGGCCUCAUAAUAGAAAGUAUAAUAAUUUACAUAUUCUAGCACUAAUUAUUUUUAUGACCAAAGCUUGGACAGAAAGGAAACUUAUUUCCUGGCCUCUGCAUUUCAGAGCAGGUAAAUGAACAGCCUGAUUAAAAAAAAAAUUAACCAGUGAAAUGCAUUGUGUUUGACCAAGGAUGAUGUUUCUAUUAUCAGGCUCAUUAUUCUGUUCUGUACCAAUACAUAAGACCUCUGGUUAAUUUUGCCCCCAAGAUGUGGUUUUGUGCCUUUUUUGUUGCACUACUAUUCCCCUCAACCAAGCCUGUCUCAAUCCGAUGAAGAAUGUUGAGAUGAUAACUUGUUGAACUUCACUUGGAGCGGGGAAUUAAAAUAGUUGCUUUCCUGUUUUGUAGUACUUUGCCUCUUCUUUCGUUAACCACCGGUGUUUUCCUUUACUUUUGCUGCGCUUGUUAUGACAAGGACAUAACGUGUGUGUGUGUGUUGCAUACAGUUGUAAAUCUAGCCCUGGCAAUGUUACAUACAUUUCUGCAAUGUCCAGGCCCACAGAUCAGACUUUGAUCAGAAUCAUGACUGUAUAAUCUCUAUUGGCAUGACUGUCGCCCAGGAUACAUCCCAAAUGGCACCCUAGUGCCUUCAGAAAGUAUUCAUACCCUUUGAUUUGUUUCACAGCCUGAAUUCAAAAUAUAUAUUUUUUCUCACCCAUCUACACACAUUACCCCAUAAUGACAAAGUGAAAGCAUGUUUUUAGACAUUUUUGCAGAUGUAUUUUAAAUAAAAAAUCCAAUUUUAUACUGAACAAAAAUAUAAACGCAACAUGUAAAGUGUUGGUCCCAUGAGCUGAAAUAAAAGACCCUAGCAAUUUUCCUAUAAGCGCAAAUAGCUUAUUUCUCUCAAAUGUUGUACACAUUUGUUUACAUCCCUGUUAGUGAGCGUUUCUCCUUUGCCAAGAUAACCCAUCCACCUGACAGGUGUGGUAUAUCAAGAAGCCGGUUAAACAGCAGGAUCAUUACACAGGUGCACCUUGUGCUGGGGACAAUAAAAGACCACUCGUGCAGUUUUGUCACACAGCGCAAUGCCACAGAUGUCUCAAGUUUUGAGGGAGCGUGUAAUUGGCAUGCUGACUGGACGAAUGUCCAUCAGAGCUAUUGCCAGAUAAUUUAAUGUUCAUUGCUCUACCAUAAGCUGCCUCCAACGUCGUUUUAGAGAAUUUGGCAGUAUGCACAACCGCCUCAAAACUGCAGACCACGUGUAACCACGCCACCCCAGGACCUCCACAUCCGGCUUCUUCACCUGCGCUAUCGUCUGAGACCAGACAACCGGACAGCUGAUAGAACUGAGGAGUAUUUCUGUCUGUAAUAAAGCCCUUUUGUGGAGAAAAAAAAAUAAUUCUGAUUGGUUGGGCCUGUCUCCCAAGUGGGUGGGCAUAUGCCCUACUAGGCCCAACUAUGGCUGCGCCUAAUUCAUGUAUUUCAAUUGACUGAUUUCCUUAUAUGAACUGUAACUCAGUAAAACCUUCGAAAUUUUUGCAUGUACAUACUUUUAUAGAAGCAACUUUGGCAGCGAUUACAGCUGUGAGUCUUUCUGGGUAAGUCUGUUUAGAGCUUUCGACACCUGAAUAGUACAAUAUUUGCCCAUUUUAUUAUUUUCUAAAUUCUUCAAGCUAUGUCAAAUUGGUUGUUGAUCUUUUGUUAAUCAACCAUUUUCAAGUCAUGCCGUAGAUCUUUUUGCAGAUUUAAGUCAAAACUGUAACUCGGCCACUCAGGGAACACUGUCUUCUUGGUAAACAACUUGUGUGUACAUUUGGCCUUGUGUUUUAGGUUAUUGUCCUGCUGUCGGGUGAAUUAAUCUCCCAGUAUCUGGUGGAAAGCAGACUGAUCCAGGUUUUCCUCUUGGAUUUUGCCUGUGCUUGGCUCCAUUCCAUUUAUUUUGUAUCCUAAAAAACUCCCCAGUCCUUCACAAUAACAAGCAUACCCAUAACAUAAUGCAGCCACCACUAUGCUUGAAAAUAUGGAGAGUGGUACUUAGUAACGUGUUGUACUGGAUUUGCACCAAACAUAACGCUUUGUAUUCAGGACAAGAAGUAAAUUGCUUAGCCAAUUCUUCUGCAGUAUCUAAUGGCUUGUUGCGAACAGGAUGCAUGUUUUGGAAUAUUUGUGUUCUGUAGAGGCUUCCUUCUUUUCACUCUUUCAAUUAGGUUAGUAUUGUGGAGUAACUACAAUGUUAAUCCAUCCUCAGUUUUCUCCUAUGAAUACUUAUUGACUUAAGACAUUUCAGCUUUUCAUUUGUAAUUAAUUUGUAAAGAUUUCAUAAAACAUAAUUCCACUUUGAAAUUAUGGGGUGUUGUGCCAAUGACCAACAAAUCUCAAUUCAAUCCAUUUUAAAUUCAGACCAACACAACAAAAUGUGGAAAAAGUCAAGGGGUGUGAGUAAUUUAUGAAGGAACUGUAUUCUCUAUAGGCCCUGUUCAAAAUUAGUGUACGAUAAAGGGAAUAGUGUCAUUAUGGACAUCCCAGUGCUAUGUUAUGGGUGCAGUCAUCACUGGUAUAUUAAUAGGUGCCCAAAUUCUUUCUCCUUUUAAGGUCAUAUGAGACUAUCUCUGGAAGUUCAAUGUAUUGCAGAGAACAAUGGAUAGAUCUACACUUAAUCUCUCCAAUGGAUUGGUUGGAUUCCCAUAUUGUUUAGUGUUUUUCGCAUCAAUAAGCCUCAAAUAAACAAUGUCAUUUAAUCUGA